AUGAAGGGAGCGCAAACAAUUGAUGCGUCCACGGAUGCCGAGAAAAAUCGAUGGAGGUCGGCCAAGAUUUCGAAGGACAUCCCAUCUUCUUUCGUAGGACUAUUGUUAAUAGUUGCAAGGACAACGAUGGCCCCCUUCGAUUUGGACUUUGUCCUAGAGGACCCCGCGAACUUCGGGGUUCACAUCAUCGCGGCCGUUGACACGUUCGUGGUAGCCAGCGACUACGGAUCUCCCACGGACGAUUCGGUCGAUACUCUUUGCAAGUUUCACAUGUUGGAAGCUGCCUUUGUUCGAGAAGUCUACUAUGCUCUUCAAGGCAAAUGCCAUAACCCAUGGUUGUCGGAUGUCGUGAACGAUGCCAUCUUCGAUGUCUUCCUUCGGAAUGUAACCAAGGAGCAAGUCGCGACGGUUGACGAGGCCGUCAAGUUGGAAGAACCCCUUCCCGACGGCUCUGAUUUGCCGGUUGAACUGGCGUUGUGCAUUCGGUAUGCAAUCGACAGUGGUGAAAGUACUUGUUUGAACCAAACGAACAUGGCAACUGUCAAUCGAUACCUUUUGGACAAGAAGGCAACUUCGGCAAGUCAAACGAACAAUGUUGACAAGAUGCCAAAUGCAAUCUUUGGAUCAUGGGCUGGUGUUGGUCCAGUGUUGAUGGGUAUUGUGGCCAUUCUGGUGGCUACUGUUUUCAAAGCCUGUCUUUGUGCAGCUGCAAUCUGCCUUCUCGGUGGUGCUCUCGCAACUGCAGGUUGCUCUGGUUUCAUUGAGUCCAAGGGAGAAAAGACGUCAACGGCAUGCACCGAGGGUCCGUCGUCUCAAAAGAAGUCAAACAUUGACUCGGAUAAAGAAGACGACAGUUUGCCGCUUUUGUCCGGCUCCGAAAACUCAUCCGAGUCGAUGUGUGAUCCCCUCGACUAG